AUGUUCCAGUACAUCAAGAGUUUCAUCCACGACAAGCAUCUCUGGGUCGUGAUGGAGUACAUGGACGGCGGAUCGCUGACUUCGCUGAUCCAAAGUCACUUCUCUAACGGCAAGAAGUUCAUGGAGGAAGAGAUUGCAGGAUUUUUGCGUCCAGCCAUGGAAGGACUUGAAUUCAUCCACGAGAAGGGGCGAGUUCAUAGAGACAUCAAGUCUGACAACCUCCUCGUCAAUUCCGCCGGUCAAGUGAAGAUCGCGGACUUCGGCUUCUGCGUGCAGUUGACAGAGGAGCAACGGGUGCGGCAGUCCAUGGCAGGCACCUACUACUGGAUGGCUCCGGAGCUUGUGAGAGGCCAGGUCACGGAGUUGCCGCUCGUGAAGGCGUUCAUGAAGGCAGAGGGCCAGGACAAGGAAGGGGAGGAGAAGGAGGAGGAGGAGAAGGAGGAGGAGGAGAAGACGGAUCCCCUGCGCGCCCUCUACCUCAUAGCGACCAAGGGCCCUCCUAAGCUCAAGUCAAAGUCGUGGGGGAGGCAUAUCAAAGAUUUCUACGAGAAGACUCUUGCUGCUGAACCCUCUGAACGAGCGUCUUCCGCGGAUCUCCUCGAGCAUCCCUUCCUCAAAGCCACGUGCUCGCGAGAGCGGCUCAUCGAGCUUGUGAAGGAGGCUAGGACGUUUGCUCACAGCAAGAAGGCAGACAAGUCCUCUUCCUAA